AUGCGGCGCUACGUGCGCGUGGCGCUGCUGUGCCUGGGCUGUGGCUUGUGCUCGCUGCUCUACGGCUCCAGCCAGCUGGCCCUGGAGCAGGAGCCUGCCUGGGGGAAGCCGCAGGCCCGAGACCCCGCCGCUCCCGUCCGGAGACAGCGCGCCGGCGGCGGGAGGGUGGUGGCGGCGGCAGCGGGAAGCGCAGGCCGCGGGGAGCCGGAGCUGCCAGACAGGUGUAAGAAUUUGUCUAUAUCUUACUGGAAUUCCUAUUGGAUGCUGCCCUCUGAUGUUUGUGGAAUGAACUGCUUUUGGGAAGCUGCUUUUAGAUAUGAUUUUAUGAAAACGCAGCCUGCUGAGAAGAUGCAUCUAGCAGUGGUUGCCUGUGGUGAAAGGCUGGAGGAGACUGUUACUAUGUUGAAAUCAGCCAUUAUUUUCAGCAUCCAACCUCUACAGUUUCAUAUUUUUGCAGAGGGCCAACUGCACAACAGCUUCAAAGGCAGACUCAAUGGUUUGCCAUAUCAAGGAAAAUUUAAUUAUACCAUAUACCCAAUAACAUUUCCAACUGAGAGUGCAGCAGAAUGGAAGAAACUGUUUAAACCCUGUGCUUCACAAAGGCUAUUCUUGCCAUUAAUCCUCAAAGAUGUGGAUUCGUUACUGUAUGUUGAUACUGACAUCCUGUUUUUGAGACCUGUUGAUGAUAUUUGGUCUUUUCUGAAAAAAUUUAAUUCCACACACAUUGCUGCAAUGGCACCAGAACAUGAGGAACCUCGUAUUGGAUGGUAUAAUCGCUUUGCUAGACACCCAUAUUAUGGAAUAACUGGAAUAAAUUCUGGAGUAAUGCUAAUGAAUAUGACACGGAUAAGAAGAAAGUAUUUCAAGAAUGAUAUGACAACUGCUCGGCUACAGUGGGGAGAAAUUCUUAUGCCAUUGCUUAAAAAAUAUAAACUAAACAUAACAUGGGGUGAUCAAGAUCUGUUGAAUAUUAUGUUUUUUCAUAAUCCAGAGAGCCUUUUUGUCUUUCCCUGUCAAUGGAAUUAUCGUCCUGACCACUGCAUUUAUGGAAGCAAUUGUAAGGAAGCUGAAGAAAACGGAAUAUUUAUUCUUCAUGGAAACAGAGGUGUUUACCAUGAUGAUAAACAACCAACUUUUAGGGCUAUUUAUGAAGCAAUAAAAAAAUAUUCCUUUGGUGAUGACCUGGUUAAUUUCCUGUUACAGCCCCUAGAACUGGAACUGCAGAAGACAAUGCAUACGUACUGUGGAAGAAUAUACAAAGUUUUCAUAAAGCAGCUAACAAAAAGCAUAAGAGAUAUUUAUGAUAGAAGAUCAAAGGGAAGUUGAUUCUUACUACAAACUCACAAAACUAUUGAAUUCAAACAAAGACGGAAUAUAUAAAAUGUAUGAAGGAUGUUCAUGCAAGAAAUAUAAUAUUGCUUGAAUCACCUAUUCCUAGCGUGCCUAGGUAAACGUUUACCAGUGUAGAUAAAAUGAAGAAACUGUUCAUAUUAUGAAGAAUACACUUUCCAGCAAAGAAGAUAUUUUUGAUUUUUUAAUCACUGCUAAUUUUCAUUCCAGUUCUAGUGAAUAUGGGAGUUACUGGCUGUUCUAGUCGGGUUUUUUUAUUCUGCAUAAUUCAGUUGUCUGUUAUACUCAAAUGGGUAAAACAGAAAUGAAGAUAGAUCUAUUGGUAGAAUGUACCUCAUACAUUAUCUAUGAUUCUGCUAAACUGUGAAUGUAGCAAUAAUUGAGUCAGCACUAACCUCACUUUAAAAGUGUGAGAACAAAGUUGUUUACAAGGGCAGAAGUUAUUCUGUUUUCAAAGAAAUGUGAUGUAAUCAUUGACAAUCUGUAUGUGCCUUUAGAUGUGUUCAUCUCCUACAUGUUAAAAUAUUGUUUUGACAAUCAUGUUUCAUAUUUUAGAUGUAAACUGCACAUUAUAAACAAGAUUUUCAAAGCAAUUAAUCACUAGUGUAAGAGGAACUAGUUUCCAGUCUGUAGUUACUGAUAUCUUGUUGUGAUACAACCUCAUAACAGAUGCUGUGUUCAGCCAUCUUGACAAAAUACUCCAGCUGAAUUUUUUACAAAGAUACAAUAUGAGAUUUUUUUAGAAAUAGUUUUUAUCACUUUUAAUGAUACUUUUUUGCAACUUCACUGAGCUUUCUGGAAGCAAAAGUAUAUAAUGGAAUGUUUCCUCUAUUAUAUUUAAUUACUAAGAAUGAUUACAUGAUAUGGUAGAGAGCUGUGAGUGGGGCUCUUAAUUGUUCCCAAAAUGCAUAUAGGACGUUUCCUAUGAGAACUAUUAAUCAUGAGGAAAUAUUACGCACAUUACCACUUCACCUCAUAACCCUCCCCCCCCCAAUAGACUUGCAUAUGUGCUUAAUAACAAAGCUUAAAAAUCUUGGACAGAUCCUCAGAUGAAUGAUUCCAUUGACGCCAAUAGAGCUAUGCUGAUUUACAAGAGUAUUAGGCCCCUGUGUUUUUGUUUAUAGGAAACCUGUUCCAUUGUUUUCAGGAUAUAAAUUAUUUCCUUUUGAAAAACUAAACAAAAUAAGAAAAAAAUCAAUUGGUUCUAAUAGUAAUAAAAUAUGAUUCGAGUGAUUGUUCACGUCCAUUCCAAUUAGGUGUGCGCACACCGCGUGCACAGACGUCGGAGACUUUUUCCCUUAGCAGCUCCCAUCAGGACGGCAGGGGAGCCCCCUAGAGUGGUGCCCUUAUGGCAGUAUAUAUAUUACCCUGACUGCCCCACCCCCCUUCAGUUCUGUCUUACCGUCCAUGGAGGCGUUGGAACAUUCGCUCGCUCGCUUGCAAGUGACCCCUUAGCCUUUCAAUCUUCUAGUUAGUUGUUCUUAGAUAGUUAUCAGUUAGUUAAAUACCAUUGUAUUCAGGUGUCUGGAAGGUAGUUCCAGCACCAGCCUUGGUCUGUGGGGAAUGCCGCAAGCCCAGAGUUUCAAAGCUUGCGUCACGGGCCACAAGUCUAUGCCUAACAGCGAACCCCGCGACUCCUGUCUCCGGUGUCUGGGAGUGUCUCAUCAGGCAGAGUGCUGCAAAAUCUGCAAGGCCUUCAAGCUGUGCACUAAGAAAGAAAGACUUUCGCCUUAAGCAGUUGCUCAUGGAGGCCACUUUACAACCACCGGCCCCUGACCGACCGGCCCCGGCUCCGGCCCCAGCUUCCUCGUUGCGAAGUGCCUGGGCAUCCAUGUGCGACCCAGCACUGCCCAAGCACCGUAAAUUGCUGGCACCGAGAUGGGACAACCAACCUUGACACCGGUUGAACUCUCCAGCCCCAACAAAGCAUCACAAGAAAGGAGAAAG